AUGACGUUUAUGGCCGCAAAACAGUUGACUUCAUUCUUGCCUCAAUCUAUGGCUGAAUGGAGUCAACUUAUCCAGCUUGCUGUCAGGUUACCAAUUAAGUCUGUGUGGUAUCCAGAACACUUUUACAGACAGGAUGCAGAUCACACGAUUCGGUUUUCACCGCAAAAAAUGUCAUACACGCAACAAGCGUCAUCCUCUGGCGCGGUACUCGUUAUUCUCUCUCCAGCCCCAACUGGGGUCGGCUUUCAGGACGCCUGCAUUACCUUGACCAAACGUAGCGCUAACGUUACCACGCAUAAAGGACAGAUAAGCUUCCCAGGGGGACGUGUGGAAUUGGGUGAGACAACUCAGCAGGCUGCUCAGCGCGAAGUUCGGGAAGAGAUUAACUUGGAUUCUUCUUUAUAUGACAUAAUAGGCGACUUGACAACCAUUAUUAGCGCUGAGAAAGAUAUCUUAGUUACACCGCAUAUUGCCAUUGCCGACGCUCAAAUUCACCCGAGUUGCACCAACUCGGAAGAGGUGGCCUCUAUUCACUACGUUCAUCUCUCGAAUCUAUUUCUGAACAGUGAAUAUACUCAUGCUCGUCUAUUAAAAAAACAACUCUUCGACAAGAUCUCAAAGCCUACCUACUUUCCUUGUUUUUUUGCUAGUGACGCUUAUGAUAUUCCAAGCCUUUCCAUAGAAUCCUCUAUGAAGUUCCGGCAAAACUUAGAUUGUGGGAAUUCUAAGGACAUUUCUCUCAGUGAUUAUCCUGGCCAGUUGGUUUGGGGUUUGACUGCCUUUGUGCUAUGUGAGCUUUUAGCGCGAUUGGCUGCUAUGCUAGAGGCUCAACACCCUAACCUAGAAGUCACUAAGGCUGCAUCCAUUUUGAGAUGUUCCGAUGGGGUCUUUUGCGAUAUUGACUGUUUAAGGUAA